AAUAUAGAUACACUGCUGUUCUGUUACGAUAUUCACUCAAUAACAUUCGAUUCACAUUCGUACUCCGUAGAAGUGACUGGUGAAGCGUUUUUGUAAAAUAUUCUGUACACAAGUUAAUUUUGCUGUUUUAGCUCAGUGUUUUUGCAAUGGAUAUCGAACUACAAAAAAUGGGAGUACGAGAUUUUUUCAAGGGACGCAAUGUCUUCGUGACAGGUGGUACAGGAUUUAUGGGAAAAGUGUUAAUCGAAAAACUUGUGAGAUCUUGUCCGGGCAUUGGACAAAUUUAUAUAUUGGUUAGAAACCGUAAAGGAAAAGAUAUAAAGGACAGGAUCAAAGAAAUGUGUAACGUACAACUCUUCGACACUAUAAAAUCGCGAAGUCCUGGUUUGUUAGAAGAAAAACUAGUUCCUGUUCUGGGCAACAUGACUGAUCUACGAUUAGGAUUGUCGGAUAAGGAUUACAGCAUGUUGGUUGAAAACGUUUCAGUAAUAUUUCACGCGGCUGCCAGCGUUAGAUUCGACGAGCCUAUAAGGGAUGCGACCAUCAUGAACGUUAGAGGAACUCGUGAAGUCGUGCAGCUAGCCAAGGAUAUCAAAAACUUAGCAGUAUUGCUGCACGUUUCCACUGCUUAUUGCAAUUGCAACAGAAUUAAAGUAGACGAGAAGGUCUACGAAUCACCGAUGAAUUGGCGCGAUGCCAUUGCAAUUGCAGAAAAUAUGGAUCCCACUCUUUCCAGUAUUCUGACCAAAAAGUUUCUGGGUUCGUUUCCAAAUACAUACACAUUGACAAAACUAUUUGCUGAGCAAAUAAUCAACGAGGAACGGUACAAUAUACCAUCAGUCAUAUUCAGGCCGUCGAUCGUUAUUUCAUCAUACAAUGAUCCCGUAUCGGGAUGGUUGGACAACUUCAAUGGCCCAAUUGGCUUGAUGGUUGCAUGUGGCAAAGGGAUUGUGCGAGUUACGCUAGCCGGUAAAACUAUAAUUCCAGAUUAUAUGGCCGUCGAUGUAUCAGUUAAAGCAAUGAUAGUAGCUGCUUGGGAUCGAGCAACCAGCUCGCCUGGCAAUAACGGUUUACUACCAGUAUACAACAGUGCUUCGGUGUCAAAAUCGAUAUCCAACAACCAAUUGACCGAGAUGGGAUUGAAGUUCAUGCAAUUUUAUCCGUUUGAGAUAAUGAUGUGGCGUCCCCAGAUAUCAAUCACCAGUUGUUAUUACUAUUAUUAUACAGCCACGUUGUUGCAGCAAGUGUUGCCGUCCAUACUCGUCGAUGGCCUAUUGAACAUUUUUGGCAUACCACAUAAACAAUUGUUGGGUCUCCAGAAGAAGAUCUACAUAAUGACCAUGGCCCUGUCGUACUUCACCACCCAAUCUUGGUCGUUCCAAAAUACUAAAUUCCUUAGUCUCAUCGACAAAAUACCCGAGGUCGACCACGAAGAAUUCAACUACGACUUCAAAAACAUUGACCAAGAACAGUUUUUCGAAAACGCCCUGUUGGGUGCACAAAAGUACAUGUUCAAUGUGGACACCAAAAGAUUUCCGAUCGCCCGAAGGAAUUUGUGGCGGCUCACAUGGCUCGAUAGAUUGGUGCAAGUCAUUGCUGUGGUGCUAUUGGUUUGGCUAUUAAUUCAAUUUGACGUUAUACCAUGCACGUACCUGCAGUACAUUAGCUAUUGGUUUAAACCGUCGGCCUAGACUUGUUAAUCAAUAAUUUACAUUUAUACGAACAAAAUAUUUGCUAUUCAUCUAUUUCUUUUUACAUCUGUCUAAUGUUUUGGUUGAUGAAUUGAUUUGUUAUUGUGAAUUAAUUUAUAUAGUUAUAGUUUAUGUUCAAUGAACAACAAAAAAGAUUAAGGUUAAAUAAUAAUAAGUAAUAAUAAUUAAGAAGCGUUAUUGUAUUGCAAAUUUAUUUAUUUUUGGUUGGACUCAAACUUUAGAAAUACAAUUU